CUAACUAGCCAUUCAUCAGAAAUCAAAGCAAUCUCUCACAAGCUCUCAUCAACAUCAAACAUUACACAAUCUAGCUCAAUCUUAUUAAUCUUGUUAUUUUAAAGCCUUCUAACAUUAAGGUAAUGUCCGAGGACAAUUCUCGUGACGCUUCUCCGGCGCAUCACGAAGAGGAUGUUUAUCAAUAUGGUUAUCCUAGGUGUGACACAAGUAACUCCAUGGCAUCAAGCUCAAAUGAUUCUCCAUUUUUUGGGAUAUAUGAUACUAUGUCAUUAUUGGAAAGUGGUCUGUACCAGCAAAAAUACGGCGACAUAAGUGAUCAUUAUCAUAGAAAACAAGACAAGGCAUGGGAUUCGAUUGAUUCAAGGUUGCUAAUGUUGCUAGAAUUUUUUAGAGAACUUUUUAUUCGAAGAAGGGAAGUUUUCAAGAAAUUAUUCCCGGAGUUACAUGAUGAAUUUUUGGGGGUGUUCAAGAAAAGGGGUAACAUUAAUUUGUCCAUAGAAAAGCCUGGUCAAGUCAAGACUAGGGCAUUGCAGAGAAGCUUGAGUGUUGGCUCGCCAAGAAUACCUUCAAGAAAUGGAGGUGAAUCGCCAUUAAGGCUUGAGAGGUUCAAGGUUCGCACGGUGAUUCCUGGCGGUGGUGGCCAAGGUGGCACUGACAAGGGUGGUGGCACAUCUGGUGACGAUGGAAAAAUCAAAUAGAUUAUUACUAGUCUAUUUUUGUUGCAAGGUUUGAAAACAAACAAUUUGCUUUUUCUUCUCUUUUUUGGGUAAACAGCAAACAGUUUGUUUAAAGAUAUAAAAUUAUUUUGUUAUUUCAUUAAUUACUCGAUGUAUAGCUGUAAAUAGUAGAAAUAAUUACACAAUUUGCUGCCUUGUAGAAAUUUCGUGUACUGUGAAAUCUUUGCCAAUAAUAAGGGGGUUUUUUAUAUUA